GCCUUGAUACGAGCGAGAUGAGAAGCGCUACUCGAGGCGCACAUUUUGCAGCUGCAAUCAGUUGUUUCUGAUAGUUCAACGAAAGCAGUCGGGGAAAAAACAUGUGGACACUGCGCUUGGCCGCCAUUACUUUGGCCGUGCUCACUAGCUACGCUUCGGGAGCGGUGUUUAAGGUUGAGCCGAUCAACGAUGGUACGAGGGGAUCGUACAAGAUUAGCCAAGUUACUAGCCUCAACCUGGGACAGGCAUUACUACAACUGCCCUCCAAUGUGGAGACGCUCGAUUUGAGCGGCAACUUGCUGACCAACAUCAGUGGCAGUGCAUUCAGUGGGUUUGCCAGCCUGCAGCACCUGAAUCUGUCUUCCAAUAUGCUGUACGGUACGGUUAACCUGACCCAGUUCUACACCCUCGGCACGGUCGAUUUGAAUGACAACUACAUCACCGAUCUGCACCUUGGCGCCAGUGUCACAACGGUAUCGGCGGUCCGUAAUCGUAUUAAGCGAGUGAUCUGUGACGGAUCACCGAAGGAGGUGUUGCUGCAGAUGAACAAGAUCAACUCCCUCCACGGUCUAUCGCCCAUGUGCAUGGGAAGGCUGGUGCAUUUGGAUCUGUCCGUGAAUGAGGUGAAUACGGUCGACUUCAGCUACCUGGCGCCCUCCGCUAACACGCUGAAGCAGCUGCUCUUAUCGUACAACUACAUCUACGAAGUGUUUAACGCGGAGAACGUUCUGCUGACGCUGCUCGAUGUGCUCGAUCUGUCGCACAACAAGCUACCCUGGCUCGGCCCGGACAUGAUGGCCGCCCGGCAAACGAAAACCGUCGACCUAUCGGCUAAUCAGAUUGUUUUGCUGGACAAAGAUAUCCGGUUCGAUGCGCGCACGACUAGCAUUAACCUCAGCGGUAACAAGGUACAGUGCGCAUCGCUAGAAACGUUCGUAGCCUCGAAUCCGGCAGCAAAGAACGUGAAUCCGGCCAACAACAAAGACUCGAAGGGAUGCGAAGGGAUGAAACGGGCGUAUACGAUCUGCUGCGAUGCACUGUCCGCACCGUUCGCCGACCGGUUGAUCGAGCAGAAGCGGACGCAAAACUCGCUCCUUACCGUACCGACGGAUCCGAUGUCGAAGGCGGCAAACUGCUCGACGGUGGAUGAUGCGCGCCAGCAGAUGAUUAGCAAUAUGGGCAGUGCGAUCACCUCGGUCGCCAAUGAGGUACAGCGGCUCCAGAAGGACAAGAUUCAGCUCACCUCCGAACGCCUUACGCUCGAGCAGACCGUCACGCUACAGCGGGAACAAAGUACCAGCGUGCGUCAGGCGCUGCUUGCCGCGGCACAAAAGCUGAACCUUCCCGUGAGCCAAGAGGCGAGUAUCGUCGUUUUGCAGAAAAUCAUCGACCAGUACGAGCAUCUGAGCAAGCAGGAGGAGCUGGAACGGAACAAGGCGACCGAGGAUUGGAACAAGUACAGUACGGAGAUUGACCACUGGAAAAGGGAGAAGGCACGGUUGGAGCCGCUGAUCGAAAAGUAUGACGCCGACAUAAGCAAAGCGAAUGCGACGCUCGUGGACCUCACCAGACAGAAGGCGGUGCUGGCGGAACAGCUGCAGAAGAAGGCUGCGAGCGGUUAGGAGGCUCAUGACAGACUACUGUUCGUGCUUUUCUUUUCGGUUUUUUUUUUCAAUGAAAUUACGAUGAAAUACAUGAUUGUUCUUACUAAUCACA